AUGGUGAGCAGGGAGUGCGAGGCCGCUGUGGGGCGGACAGGGAGGUGUGAGGCCUGUGAGGCCCGGUGCGGGCCGGGGGUCCCGGGCGGGCCUGAGGGGAUGCCCGGCCGAGCUCGGCCGCCGGCGGGGUGCGAGGCUGCUGUCAUUCUGCAAAAAAGAAAAAUGUUUCAGUAUGGCAAUGUUGGAAAUAAAUGCAAUGCAGAUGAAGCUGGUGAUAUUGGGGAGCUGUGGCUGGGGCAGCACGUGGUCCAAACCUGGAGCUGUAAUCAGGAGCUGACUAACAAAUAUUCCCUGCCUGGUGCUUAUGCAAAGGAGGUCGGCAGGCUGGUGCUGGCUGGGAGUCCAGUGCUGGUUACUCCAGUCAGAUGUGCCUUCUGUGGCCAGAGCACACGUGCAGGCAGCGAGGUGUCAGCGAAGGCAGGGCUAAUUGAAGCCUUCCUUCUACUUCUGAGCAGAAUAAAUGAGCGGGGCUGCCGUGUCCUUGCUGGCUUUAAUUCAGGAAGCUUCUCUUCAGAAGAACUCGUUGUGUCGGAGCAGAGGCCUUUAAUUGCAGUGGCAGUAAACUCAGACAGUGUUUCCAUUUCCACAGAAACAGAGGACGCCUUUAGCUUUUUGAUGCCCUGCUUGUUUUCAUUUGCACUUUCCUCAAUAUCCUCCUGGUUCUCCUUUGCACAGGAUGCCAUUAUUCCCUAUAAGGAAAUCCUCCAGAUGUAUUGGGAAAAAGUGACAAGCUUUGUGAACGCCCGGUGUGAUGGACUUGAACCCUGGCAGCUCAUUGGGUUGACCUUUUCUUCCACACUUGCAAGUGUGUGGCUGCAUGGCUUCCUCUGCCAGCCUGAGAGUUUGACAUCCCGAACUAAAAAACAGUUCUUUAAACUGCUGAGAAAAAUGCCAUUUGUUGGGGCUAUAAUUCAAAAGAAGAUUGAGAAAGCCUUGAAUGAUGUCACUUCCAGUUUAUCCUUCCUGAAAGAUGAAAAGGAUUAUAUCAAAGCACUGCCAGAACAAGGCAUGAGCCAGCCUGAAGUGCUGCAGAAGAUGAAAGAGUACAGCUCGAAAGGAGACGUACGCUGGCAGGAUGGGAAAGUCUCUGGGACUGUGUAUAGUGGUGAAGAGAAACUCACUCACCUGCUGGUGAAGGUGUACGAAGAGUUUGCCUGGAGUAAUCCUCUCCACCCGGAUAUAUUCCCUGGUCUGAGGAAGAUGGAAGCAGAAGUAGUGAGGAUUGCCUGUACACUCUUCCACGGGGGCCCCAACUCUUGUGGUGCUAUGACAUCUGGGGGGACUGAGAGCAUCCUGAUGGCCUGCAAGGCAUACAGAGACCUGGCUUAUGAGAGAGGCAUCAAACAGCCAGAAAUGUUGGUCCCAGUGAGUGCCCAUGCAGCCUUUGACAAGGCAGCACACUACUUUGGGAUGAAGCUGAUCCAAAUACCACUGACCAAGGCUAUGGAAGUGGAUGUUCAGGCAAUGAGGAGAGCUAUCUCGAGGAACACAGCCAUGCUGGUCUGUUCUGCUCCCCAGUUCCCACAUGGAAUUAUGGACCCCAUUGAAGAGGUGGCAGAGCUUGCAGUGAAGUACAAAAUCCCCUUCCAUGUGGACGCCUGCCUGGGUGGAUUCCUUAUUGCUUUCAUGGACAAGGCAGGGUUCCCCCUAAAGCGUCCCUUUGACUUCCGUGUGGAAGGUGUGACCAGCAUUUCUGCUGACACCCACAAGUAUGGCUAUGCUCCCAAGGGCUCCUCGGUGGUGCUCUACAGUGACAAGGAGUACAGGAAGUACCAAUUCUUCAUAGCCCCGGACUGGCAAGGGGGAAUUUAUGCCUCCCCCUCUGUGGCAGGCUCCAGGCCUGGUGGGAUCAUAGCUGCAUGUUGGGCAACCCUGCUGCACAUCGGAGAGUCAGGCUAUGUUGAGGCUACGAAGAGGAUCAUUAAAACAGCUCGAUUCCUCGAAUCUGAGUUGAGAAAAAUUGACAGCAUCUUCAUUUUCGGGAAGCCAGAGGUGUCUGUCCUCUCCCUUGGCUCGGACACUUUUGACAUCUAUCGAUUAUCUAAUUUUCUAGCUGCAAAAGGAUGGAACUUGAAUGUCCUACAGUUCCCACCAAGCAUCCAUCUCUGCAUCACGCAGCUGCACACGAAGCCCGGUGUUGCUGAGGAGUUCCUGAAGGAUGUCAGGGACAGCAUCCAGGACAUCAUGAGGGACCUCAACGCCAAGACCACCGGCAUGGGAGCCAUCUAUGGAAUGGCACAGUCGGUCCCGGACAGGAGCCUGGUAGCGGAGAUUUCCCAGGCCUACCUGGAUGGCCUCUACAGCACGGAUGUUCCCAGCAGUGAAAGGCACAUGAACGGCUCUCCUGGCCACCACUGA